AUGACCCAGAGCCUCCCACCAGUUCGGUCACUGCGAGUUCAAGACCAGCUCAUUUUGGCUUGCUCUCCGGAUAAGAAAGACGGCAGUAACACAUACACAGUAGACGUGGAGGUGGGAUGGGGGGACCGAGGCAGCCAAGUGCUGCAGCAGUCAGAGAUCCGCACGCUCUCCUGUGCUUACGACGACCAUGGCCAGGCUGUGUCUUCCGAACAAAAUAUCACUGACUGGUUUCUAAACCCCUGGGAAUCACAGACUUUGUUAGGAGGGAAUUCCUCGGCAGCGUUUGUUUUGAAGGUGAUGGAUGUGCUAGGAGAGGAAGUGACGUCAGACUACAUAUCCCUGGGCAGGAAGAUCCGGUUGAUGGCCGAAGAUUCUUCGGGGAAAGCCGUGGCAUUUCGAGCGCUCAGUUGUUCAGCUCUGAAUUCUGUCAGCCGAUACCAUAUUCUGAGGGCGGGGUGUGGAGACGGCUUGGUUUUCUCCAAAACCGCAGGCUUCAAGACAGAAGGAAACAAAGUCUAUAGUCCGUUCUUUGAGGCGUUCAAACUGGCCGGAGCGGACUACAGCGUUAAUUUUCAGUGUAGAUUUACAGAGUGUUCAAGAUUCAUGUUCCGUGAUAGCCAGUGGAAAAAGACCAAAGAGAACGCUCAAAGAUAUGCGGCGGCGACCGGCAGUAGUUGCUGA